AGUGCUUAUCUUGCGCCAAUGAGAAUCAGACGUGAUUGCUGCGUACAACAUUUACCGUUGCCUGAACAGUCUGUGUGUCAGUGUUUGUUUUGUAUUACACCGCGUUCGUUCGCUCCAUCCCCCGCAUAGUACAAACAUUCGAGUGGAAAAUUUUUUCAAUUUUCAAGGCGGUAUCCACCGAUUUGCUAUAACUUUUGUAUAUUGUUGGGCUUAUUGCGUAGCAGAAGUGUAUGCUCAUUGAUUGGCCAGCGGCUGGCCAAAAUUCCUGUUGACUGUUUAGACCGUUCAUUCUUGGAUGGGUGUAAAGCGUAGUAUGCAAGUAAACUGGUGCAACAACAAGGACUGUUUGGGUCUUCGUAAGCGUGUCUGCGGAUUGCAUCAAACCUGGAAGUGGCUUCACCAGACGCCCGCCCUGCACGAAUACCUCAUCUCCGCUAGCUCUGUGGCAGCAGAUACCCAGGUCCUAACCAGCGCGAUCUAAAGUCCAAACCAACAAACGGCCAAAAACAAGAAAAAAUAUAUA